AUGUCUCGGAUCUGUGAUCGUGCUGGUCAUAACUUUAUUUCGGUCGAAGUUGAAGAGAAUAAUAUUUAUGCUGGAAUAUACAAAAUUUUAUCAGCUAUAAAACCAAACUGGCCUCCAAAUAAUAUUAAAUUCAAGCUAUUUACUGAUGGCAUUACAAAUAAACUUGUCGCCUGCCAAUUAAAUACUGAAGAAGAUGAUGGUGAUAAUAUUGUACUUGUUAGAAUAUACGGAAACAAAACUGAUUUGCUGAUAGAUAGAAAUGCAGAAGUGAGAAAUAUUACCAUACUCAACAAAGUUGGAUUGGCACCAAAAAUUUAUGGUGUCUUUAAAAAUGGGCUUUCAUAUGAGUAUUAUCCUGGUGUUACUCUAAAUCCAGACACAGCGACUGAACCUAAAAUAUUCCAACUAGUUGCACAGCAAAUGGCAAAAAUGCACAAAGUUGAACUUGGAGAUGAAAUUAAGAAAGAACCAAUGGUAUGGGACAAAAUAGAACAAUUUCUAUGUCUUAUACCAGAAAAAUUCACAAACACCAAGAAACAAAGCAGAUUUGCAAGUAGCUUUGGAUCGAUAACCAGACUAAGGAUAGAAUUUGAGCGUCUAAAGUCACACUUAAUAAAAACAGAGAGCCCAAUAGUGUUUGCUCACAAUGAUUUGCUUCUAGGAAACGUCAUCUACAACGAAUCUAAAGGGACAGUUUCGUUUAUUGACUAUGAAUAUGCCUCAUAUAAUUAUCAAGCUUUCGAUAUAGCAAAUCAUUUCAACGAGUUUGUUGGUUUAUCUAUCGAUGACAUCGAUUAUAAUCGGUAUCCCGACAAAGAUUUUCAGAUAAAAUGGAUUGAAAUAUAUCUAGAGAAAUAUUUGGAUGAUCAAAAGCCGCCGUUUUCAAGCGUUGAAAAAAUAUACAAGGAAGUCCAACAGCUGUCAUUGGCGUCUCACUUUAUGUGGGGGAUAUGGUCUUUGGUGCAAUAUGAAUUAUCCGAUAUUGAUUUCGAUUUUGGAAGAUAUGCUGAAAUUCGUCUGAACAGAUACUUCGAAACGAAGGACGCUGUUUACAAAGAAUUGCAA